AUGGAUUUUAUGGGUGGACAAGAUAUUAGAGUCUCAGGAAUGUUGACUAGCUUAAAAACCAGAAGUAACUUGAAGCCCAAGUAUAGAUUUCAGAGAUGUGAAAGAGUGAAAGGAAUGUGUAAAACAUUUUGUGAUGAUGAUGAAUAUGAUUACGGAUACUGCAUUAAAUGGAGAAAUCAGUGUUGCAUAUAA